AUGACAACAAGAAUCAAAGUAGGAAUACGUGUAAGACCUUUUCUUGAUUCAGAAAAAGAAAAAGGAUAUGCCAAUUCAAGGGUAUAAAUAGAUGAAUAAACAAAAGAAAUUAUGAUAGCUGAAGAUGGUAGGAGAGAAAGAAAGACUUUCAAAUUCGAUUAUGUUUUUACACCAAACAAUAAUUAGCUUUAGGUAUAUGAAUAAGCAAAUAUAGACUAUCUCUUGAAUAAGGUUGUAGAAGGCUAUCACUGUACCAUUUUUGCAUAUGGCCAAACAGGUUCAGGAAAAACUCACACUAUGGAAGGAUAUGAAUACGAAUUAGCUCCUCCUAAAGAAAGUAAUAAAGAAGGAGGAAAUAGUGCACCAAAGCCAAGGCCAAAGCAGCAUUAAAAUCCUGAGCGAUUUGGUAUUAUUCCAAGAGCAGUAAGUGCUUUAUUCGAUAAGCUUAAGGCAAAAGAAGGCGGAGAAUUUAAUGUCACAUGCUCUUUUUUAUAAAUAUAUAAUGAAAAAAUAUAUGACUUAUUAAACCCUAAUUCAAUUAAGUAGAAUAGUGCAGAUGGUACUCCCGUUUUAAGCUAAGGACUGCGCUUGCGUUGGAAUUAGAGAGAUUAGUUUUAAGUAGAAAAUUUAUUUGUCUUUGACUGUAAAAGCGCUGAAGAAGUCAUGAAUUUUUUCCAUUAUGGUAUAAGAAACCGUGUUACUGCUUCUCAUAAAUUAAAUAUGGCUUCAAGUCGUUCACAUACAAUAUUAACUUUAAAAGUAGAAUCAAUUGAUUUAAGUACAUAAUCGAGUUCUUUUAGUAAGCUAGAAUUAGUAGACUUAGCAGGUAGUGAAAGAAUAGGUUAAACUGGAACGGAAGGGAAGUUAGCAAAAGAAAGUAUUGAUAUCAACAAGAGUUUAUUCAUUUUAAGAUAGGUAAUUACUACUUUGAGUGACAUUCACCGCGUAUCAAAUAAAUAAAAAGAUUAAUAUCAGCAUAUACCCUAUAGAGAGAGUAAAUUGACUUCUCUUCUUAAGCAAUCAAUUGGUGGUAAUAGCUAUUGUCUUAUGCUUGCAUGUAUAAAUCCAAAUGAUUCCUUCAUAGAUGAAAAUAUUUCCACUCUGAACUACGCAUCAAAAGCUACAUAUAUUAAAAACGAACCUAUUAGAAAUGAUGAUCCUAAAAAUAAAGUGAUCAAAGAUCUUAAACAAGAAAAUAACAGACUUAGAUUUGAACUUGAUAAAGCAAAUUAGCAUAUUCAAUUCGUUACCAAUCUUAAUAAUAGUGGAAGUGGUUUUUCUUCUAACCACCCUCCUAAUUGUUGUUUGCCAACUUGUUAAUAUGGAGGAGGUGCUUAACCAUCAAGUGAGUUAACUCCUUCUUAGAAGGCAAGAAUGAGCAUAGCAAUGGCAAAUUAAGAGUGA